CGAGUUUUCCACGUGAGUUGUGUGCACAUUGCUUCUACAUAAAACGACGAACCAAUAUCCCGUCUUCGUUCUCUUUCUCUGUUCUUGGUGAUCUCCGCCUCUUCUUUCUGUUUCUCUCCCUCUCUUUCUCUCUUCCUUGAAUCAAUCGAAACCGAUUCCAAUGGCUUCUAUAACUGGAGCUUCAUUGAAGUUCACUUCACUUUCAAAUUCUUUCAAGCAGACCCAGGUACCUCUUCGCGGGAUCUCUGUCAACUAUGUUAGCUUCCAAUCUCAUAGAAUGCAGCCAGGAUCAUUGCGCUUUCGUGUUUCCUGUGCGGCCAAACCAGAGACAGUGGACAAAGUUUGUGAAAUAGUGAGGAAACAACUGGCACUACCCAAUGAUUCUUCCAUCACUGGAGAGUCAAAAUUUGCUGCACUUGGAGCUGAUUCUCUUGACACGGUCGAGAUAGUGAUGGGACUCGAGGAGGAGUUUGGUAUCAGUGUGGAAGAAGAAAGUGCCCAGAGUAUUACCACUGUUCAGGACGCAGCUGAUCUGAUCGAGAAGCUCAGGGAGAAGAAUAGUGCUUAGAAUGAUGUUGCAAACGGUAGGUGACAAGUCCUAAUAAACCCCUGUUUUGGCCUCUCCUUUGUUGUCAUAGUGGUAGUUUGUUUUGUUGCUUAUGGAACAUUUAAUCUAGGUAAUCUUAUCUGAUGAACCAACAUGAAGCUGUUGUUCAGUUUAUGUAGAACUCAAAUGUCUCAUUUCCUUGUUGUCCUUAGGCAUUUGUUCCACUAUGCCAUCAUAAAUACAUGCUGUUUUAGGCCAAGAGCAUUGGCUACUUCUUUUA